UUAAUUACUAGUUUUGGUUGAGUCUGUUUAACAUUUGUAUUUAGUGUUGUUAAAAUAUGUACUAUAUUCUUGUAAUAUGUAAAUUGAUUUGGUGGGGUAUAGCUUGGAAUAAGAAUUGCUAGUGUUGUUUGUUUGCAAAGAGAAGUUUGCAUUAGCUCUAGAAGGAACGGGGUUUAUUUAUUUACUUUCUUUUGACACUGUUGGGGGGGUUUUGACAAUCUCUCUAGAUUCCUUCAUAGAUUCCUUGUUCUGGGGUGGACAGUUUUGUGUCCCAAGCACUAACCUUUGUGAAGCCUUUGUCUUAGGGUUUAGUUUUUGUUUGGUACUUUGGAAGUGGCUUUAGAGUGUAGGUAUCUCAGUCUCUUCAGCUGGGCAAGUUGGAUCAGUUGUAGUUUAGAUUUUAAAGAAAUGACGUGGACCCAUAUAUAUUGAAGUAAGUACGAUCUGAGUCUGUCACUUGGGAUAUGAGUUUUGCUGAAGCUCAUUUCCACUAGUCCUCUGAUUUAUUUCGGAAUCACAGCCCAACUAAAUAACCAACCACUUAAAAGGGAUGCAUUCUUAAAUAAUUUAAGGUUCAUCUAAUAGUGAAAAGGCUCAGAAGUGGAAGUCUAGGUUGACAUUUUUUUGGAUCGGAUGAUGCGUGAAAAAUGGCUUGGAAGUCUACUUUUGCUCGUCUUUGGCAUUUUUACUCGUGCAUUAGGUGCAUUUGUAGGGAUAAACAUUGGCACUGAUGUUACCAAUUUGCCACCAGCUUCAGAUAUUGUUGCAAUUCUCAAAGCCAAUCAAAUUACUCAUGUUCGUCUUUAUGAUGCUGAUUCUCACAUGCUGAAAGCCCUUUCUAACAGUGGGAUUGAGGUAAUUGUUGGUGUCACAAAUGAGGAAAUCCUAGGGAUUGGAGAAUCUCCUUCUGCAGCAGCAGCCUGGAUUAAUAAAAAUGUUGCAGCUUACUUGCCUUCAACCAAUAUUACAGCUAUUGCAGUUGGCAGUGAGGUUCUUACCGCAGUCCCUAAUGCUGCCCCAGUUUUAGUUUCUGCUAUGAAUUACCUUCAUAAAGCCCUAGUUGCUUCAGACCUAAAUUUUCAGGUCAAAGUUUCAACUCCCCAUCACAUGGAUAUAAUCCCUAGACCUUUCCCCCCCUCCACUGCUACCUUUGAUUCUUCCUGGAACUCUACUAUUUACCAAAUCCUUCAGUUUUUGAAAAACACAAAUUCCUAUUACAUGUUAAAUGCAUAUCCCUAUUACGGAUACACGAAAGGGAAUGGCAUUUUCCCAAUUGAUUAUGCUCUUUUCCGACCACUUCCCUCAGUCAAGCAGAUUGUAGACCCAAACACUCUUUUCCACUAUAACAGCAUGUUUGACGCUAUGGUGGAUGCUGCCUAUUAUUCUAUUGAUGCUUUAAAUUUUUCUGGAAUCCCUAUUGUUGUGACAGAGAGUGGCUGGCCAUGGUUUGGUGGAGCAAAAGAACCUGAUGCUACUGUGGAGAAUGCAGAGACCUUUGUUGAUAAUCUGAUCAAGCGAGUUCUAAAUAAUUCAGGUCCACCAAGUCAGCUAAACAUUCCCAUUAAUACCUACAUAUAUGAGUUGUUCAAUGAAGAUAAGAGGCCUGGGCCAGUGUCAGAAAAAAAUUGGGGUGUUUUUUAUGCCAACGGGAGUGCCGUAUAUUCUUUGAGUUUGGGUCCUUCUGAUCAAAUUACAGGAAAUUCUUCUGUGGUUUUCUGUGUGGCAAAACCUGGUGCAGAUUCUGAUAAGUUACAAAAUGGCCUAAACUGGGCUUGUGGGCAAGGCCAGGCUAACUGCACUGCCAUUCAAUCAGGGAAACCAUGUUAUAACCCUGAUACUCUUGAAAAUCAUGCUUCUUAUGCUUAUAAUGAUUAUUAUCAAAAGAAGCAUGCUGUUGGUGGAACAUGUGACUUUGAUGGUACAGCUACAACCACCACUAUUGAUCCCAGUAAUGGAUCCUGUAAAUUUACUGGAAGUUCUAGUUCGAGCACGAGUGGUGGAUUUUCACCUGCAACAGCACUUGGACCUGCAAAUCCCUUGGAUGGGAGUUCAAGUUCAAUCCUACAGGCCCCCAAGUUUCUAUAUCUGAUGUCUGCAACAUUUUUAGUUCUUGUGUUGCUUUGCCCUGGAGGUCCUUCUAGUUUUCUACCAUCUUGAGCAAUCAAAAGCAGCAUUGUUUGUAAUUUAAUGAAGUCAAAAGGAAAUGCACAGGCCCAAUGACAUGGUUGAAAUAUUCUUGUAUUGUUCAUCAAUUUUGUUUGUCUCUAGUUUCCUUAAAUUUUAUCCUCCACCUUUGUUUCUUAUCUCGUGGGGCCUCUUCUGGGGUUCACUGUAAUUUAUACUUUUAGGUAGUGGAACUAGAAUUUUUUGGACUAUGUAACUGGACCUUGAGUUUGUUCCUUGCCAAUGAAAAAUUGAGCUUACAAAUGUA